AUGGCCUCUAGUAGCCGUCGCGUGCUGAUGCUACUCCCAACUCCCCCCACUAGCGGUGGUUCCACUCCUAGUGGCAGGACAGAUCGGAGCUUUCCUAGUCCUGCUACUCCGAGGACAGAACGGGUUUUUCCCAGCCCCACUAGCCCAAGGGCAGAGCGCGCAUCCCCAACUUCCCCACUCAGCAGUAGCCCCUCCCAUAUUGACGGGAUAGAGCACAGCUUAUCCAGUGCCGCCAACCCAGGUGCAGAACAUGGCUCUCCACGCCCCGCCAGUCCAGUGGCGUCGAGCUCAACCCCGGUAAACACUGUUAAUCUAAACGAGUACCGCCAAGAUCAAGCCAUUUUCUCUCGUGCGGCUAGGUUCGCCGUAAAUGGUGGGGAAUUCAGCGCUGUCCGUGGAGUGAAGAUUGUAAUCAACCAAGGCCCUCGAAGGCCAAGGACACAUGAUGAACGAAGACGUCCACCCUCGGACACUCCGUCAUUUUCGUCCACUACCGCGUCGUCGGAGAGCUCCACAACCACCUGGCAGAGCUUCUCCCGUGAAGCUGUCCCAGCCACUGAAGGUGCAAGGCGAGGAGGUUCUGUUCGCAGGGGCGUUCCUGACGUCCCUCGUGAUUAUGUACCUCCCCGACAGGACCUUCGUACAUAUGCCAACCCAGCCGAUGAGGCAGAUGUUGCGGCUGCCCACGAAGCAGCCUCCAAUGCUCGUAUAGCUCUAUGGAGGGCCAAACGACAGGAACUCGAGUCACUUGAAGAUCGACUGAGGCGACGCGAGAAGGAACUCGAAACUCGGGCUGAGGCGCUUGAUCAGCUCGAACACCAGCUGUCUCAGCAACGAGCUUCGGAGUUGCUGGCACAAAGGAGCUUGAAGCAGGAGGCAACCUCGUCCCUGACACGGAGGGACCUUGAGGUGGAACAACCUAAUGGCUCAUCGAGCAAUGCCGAUAUCCAAGGGAGCUCCCAGAUGGACACGAGCCUUGUAGCAAAGGAGGAGCCGCGUAGCCUGCAGCAAAGUAACUCUGCGAUGGACGCCACGAUCCAACAUCCCCGCGCGGGUUCAUCGACUCCACCUAAACGUCCACUGCCCCCCAUUCCGAAGCCGCGACCUCCUCCCAUUUUAGUCGUCGACUACGAAGACUUUCUUGACGACAUGGCUCAAGAUAACGGAGCCAAGGCGUCUCCCCCAUAUGCGAAGGACCAUAUUCAAGGGCCUUCCCAAGAUGCGGACUCGGGCAGCACACACAUCUCCUCUUCUAAGUCCACCAUGGAUACGGUUUACGAGGCUUUCGACGACAGCCCCCCUGGGUACUCCGACUGGCCUCCCUCCGAGUCUACAGCCCCGACUGGCAGCAGGAUCCCUUCUUACCAUUCUGGCUUGGGCGAGCUGACUAAAUUCUGGAGAGAGCUCGAGAGUAACAAAUUCAAAGGCAGUGAAGAAGGGAAUUGUACGGAGAGUAACAUCGCCGAAAUAUCGGACGGGUUACCGGCCUUCGAGCCGCUUCGAGACGACGAGAGUAUCCCAGGGCAGUGCCAGCUUCCGGUCGAAGUCCCGCAUCAGGAGUCAGAAUGGGAGAGGGUCGUCGUUCUGUCGUGGUUGAUAAAGACGCUGAUCGACAACGAGCUAGAAUCUCACGAUUUGGUGCGAAUACUCUGCGAGCAAGUCGAUAGCAAUGAGCAGACGGCUCGUGAUGCGGCGAGAGAACUCAAGAAACAUCUGGAGCAGUCAGAAGCUCUGGAGGCUCCGCUGGCGAUACACCAGGUACUAUACGCGAUCCAGGCAAGCUGGUCCCUGGCACAGAAGAGGAUGUACUGGAAAACUCAUUGGAAAAAUGCUAUUUUUGCAGCUGCUAUCAAUCUUGCUACAGCGAUGUUCGCCCCACUUCAGAGAGUCGUUAAAGAGCGACUCCUACACGUCGUCGGAGCUAUCAUCCAUUCGAGCGAACCUGAAAUUCUAUCCAACUCGCUCCUCCCGACGUUAUGGAAUAGGUUUAAACCUUCCAACAUGCCGGAAAGUGGAUCACCGCUCGAUCCGGAAUUUAUAGGCCUGCCACCGAACCACAUCAUACAAGUUGGAAAAGCGUUUUAG